CUAGAUUACCUUAGGCAGGGUGAAGCGUGAAACAUGACCCAUUUUGUCCCUCAGUUUUGGACCAAGAUGAGCUCAUUAAUGUGGUAUUCGAUUUUUGUGACUUUGAUCACCUCUCAAACGCUGUCUGCAAAUGAGUUCUCAACGCUGGAUAUGAAGGUCACUUCUUGUAAUAUUACGGGCGUUUGGCGCAAUGGGCUGGGCUCCACGCUCCAUGUGAAAGCAGAAGGGUCAGAGGUCAGAGGUGUGUAUCAGACCGCAGUGGAGAGCACGCGCGGCGCCGCCGGUUUACACCGCACUGCACGGAUCAUUGGGAUAGUUGGUAACGGGACUCAACCUGCCGUUUCAUUUUCCGUGUUGUGGGAGAAAGGUUCCUGCUCUGCUUGGCUUGGUCAGUGUUUUAUUUUACACGACGGUGAACAAGUGCUGAAAACGUUCUGGAUGUUGCGCAGUGUAGCCGAUGACCUGGCAGGUGACUGGGGAAGUACCAGGUUGGGAGAGGAUGUUUUCUUCAAGACUUGAAUUUCAAAUGAACUCCGUAAUGGAUUCUAUGUCAUUUAAUUUCCUUAAAGAUGUUGAUUGUUCAAGGAGUUGAACUUGUAGUAUUUAAACCUACUGAGACAUGUAAAAGCAUUUUAUAAAGCCCUCAAGCUGAAUAAAA